AUGUUUUUAGAUGCGUCAACAGAGUUGCCUGGUUGUUGUUUUUUCCCUCCUGUUAUUGCAGAAGCAGGCGGUCUGGCCAGUGGUAUACCAGGGGAGAUAAUGGGGUACUGGGAAGCGUACAAGAUUGGCGGGAAACUGCCUUGGUCUGAACUCUUUCAGCCGGCCAUCAAGAUUUGCGAGGAUGGAUUCCCCUUCCCGCCACCGACGGAGGACGCUUUGAUAAAAAUACGUGAUGAGGGCUACCUGGGAAGAAACCCCAACUUAAGAAAUCUGCUGACGAAUCCAGAGACUAAGAAGUAUUAUAAACGUGGUGAGAAGAUUCGGAGACCUGAGUAUGCCCGGACUCUUCGUAUCAUCGCCAGCGAGGGCUACCAGGCGUUUUACAACGGCAGUCUUACCGCAACCAUUGUCAAGGAACUAACAGACGCAGGUGGCAUAAUGACAGAGGCUGAUUUACGAUCAUACUACGCCAUCGUUAAAAAACCCGUUAUAUCGAAUUUGAACAACAAUAUGAGGAUUAUCUCCCCUCCCCCGCCGUCCGGUGGUCUCGUUCUUCAGUUCAUUCUCAACAUUUUAAGUGGUUAUAACUUCACUCCGUAUGACUUAUUGACGACGGAAAAGACGGUUUUGACGUACCACAGAAUAGUGGAAGCCUUCAAGUUCGCGUUCGCCAAGAGGUCAUCAAUGGGUGACGCCGAUGUGGAGGACCAGGACUUUAAGAACAGAAUUAAUGACCUCAUAAAGAAUCUGACGUCAAAAGAGUACGGAAAUUACGUCAGAUCCCAGAUAAACGACGAUAAAACGCAGAAGACCAUGGACUAUGGGCCAGCCUUCAGUAUCGUGGAGGAUGCCGGGACGGGUCACAUUUCCCUGUUGGCGCCAAACGGAGAUGCGGUUGCCACGACAACCACAGUCAAUCUUCAUUUUGGUUCCAAAAUUGUCGGAGCUCAGACCGGCAUAGUGUACAAUAACCAGAUGGACGAUUUCUCCACUCCCAACACCACCAACUACUGGGGCGUGCCCGCGUCCGCGUCCAACUUCAUCAAACCCGGGAAGCGCCCCCUGUCGUCCAUGUCCCCGUCCAUCAUCGUUGAGGACGACGGCGACGUGGCACUGAUUGUCGGAGCAUCCGGGGGAACGCGGAUUAUUACCGGCUCGUCAUUGACUGCCAUAAACGCUUUGUGGUUCAAUAAGGGGAUCAAGGCGGCCGUGGACUAUCCCAGAAUUCACCACCAACUCCUUCCUAAAGCUCUCCGGGUGGAGGAGGGAUUCCCACCGAAUAUAAUCGCCGGACUAAAGGCCAAAGGUCAUGACAUCGAAAUGUAUCCAACGGCGGGCAGUUACGUUCAGGCUGUUCUGCAGAAGGCGAUCAAUAUGGUCACUGUUAACUGCGACUAUAGGAAGUACGGAAUACCAGACGGAUACUAAACAAUUAAAGCUGCAAUGUCGCGCGUUCGUCUUAUUAUGACAUCCAGUAAUGCGAAAUACAAACAACAGAACUCACGAUAACUCACGAGUGUGUUUUCACGAUCAUCUAUCUAUCUAUCUAUCUAUCUAUCUAUCUAUCUAUCUAUCUAUCUAUCUAUCUAUCUAUCUAUCUAUCUAUCUAUCUAUCUAUCUAAUCUAUCUAUCUAUUUAUCUAUCUAUAUCUAUCUC